AUGACAUACCACCACGACAAAUACAAAUCACCAUUGAGGAUAUGGCUACCAGACAAUGGUCAACUUAUUACAUAUCAAGAUGAGCCUAUUUCAUUCCGCGGGUCUUUAUCGUUAAAGUGUCGUCAAGCUCGUAUCAAGGCAGUGACCGUGAAACUCGAAGGCAAAAUGAAAGUACAUUGGUCUCAAGAUGGCAUUAAUUUCAAGGAUGAAAAGACCGUGUAUGAAAAGAAAUGGGACUUGAUGCGAACAAGCACAAAGCAUUGCGUACAUGUGCAUGGUACCCAGGAAUGGGACUUUAUAGCCGAAUUGCCUUCAGAUUUGCCAGCAAGUCUUAAUGUAUCUGAUGGUCGACAUUGCGAGAUUGUUUAUCGAAUCAAAGCAGUUGUUGAGCGACCCACAUUUUUACCCAACUUUGUUGCCAAAAGAACAAUCCACGUAUCACGUUAUUUAAGGCGAGCAUCCAUCGUACCCACGAUCAACAACCAUAAUCAAGUCGCUGUUGCUUCACCUGCCUAUUAUGAUGGGAGUCAGGAUCAAUGGAUGGAUUACACAAUUCGAUUAAGGGGAGGCACCGUAUGGCGACCUGGCAGCACUGUACCCAUUGAAUUCAAUAUCCAUCGUGUCAAACGAGAUGUAACCAAGAUACGAUCCGUCACAUGUUGUCUCAAGAGCUACACGACCCUGACAGCCAAAGGACGCCAUGUACGUAAAUGGAGCUGGCCGCUGAUGUAUUUACGUGAUGAUCAUUUGGUGCGUCAUGGUACACCGUUGCCAUGGCGAAAGACCGAAUAUUGCAAGAUACCCAACCAUGUAGCUGCUGACAUGGCAACCUCCAUGAUCCACAUCAAGCACAAGUUGAAGAUUACUAUUACACUUUUACGUGAUAAUGGAGCCACAGCUGAGGUCAAGACGUCUUUUCCAGUCAUUGUGAACCACAUGGAUGAGCCGAUCCCCAUCGGAAAUGAAUUGGAUGAUUAUGAAGAAGAUCCAAUCCUGCCAUCGUACGAGGUUGCUUGUGGAUCACCACCAUACGAUUCUUUUCUUUUCGGAUUACCUUCAACACCACCCGAUGAUACUGCUUUAUGUUCCCCGCUUUCUAUUUCACCAUCACCACCUGUUCCUUUGUACAACGACCUCGUUACAGAACCUGCAACACCGCAUGAAUCAUGUGUACUACCAGCUUAUGAUUCUAUUGUAAGGCCACGGUAG